GUAAGUGUGUGGUGUGUUUUACAUUAUUAAAGUGCGAACAGCUGAGAGAAGUUGUAAAUUACAGUGCCAAAAAUAUUUAUUGGAUAAACUGAUAUUUGCUUAUCACUUAAAACAAAAACUAAUCAUUUGUUUGUAGUUAUCAUGACUCUCAAUUUGGACGAAUGUUACGACCAUGUGAUGGCCCUAGUCGAGGAAGCUGGCAAGAUUAUCGCUGCCCGAAACUACGGCAAGAAAAAUGUGGUGGAAAAAUCUAGUAAUAUCGAUUUAUUGACUGAAACCGAUCAACAAGUUGAACGAUUACUGAUGGAUGGAAUCACUGCGAAAUAUUCCGAUCAUAAGUUUAUCGGAGAAGAAGAAACCAGUGCAGGUAAACAGGCAGAACUAACAAGUGCACCAACAUGGAUAAUUGAUCCCGUCGAUGGGACAAUGAAUUUUGUCCAUAGUUUCCCACAUUCUUGUAUUUCUAUUGCCCUGUUAGUGGACAAGGUAGCAGAAAUAGCCAUUAUCCAUAACCCAGUUCUGAAUCAAAAAUUCACCGCACGCCGGGGGAAAGGAGCAUUCUUGAAUGGGAAUCAGAUCCGAGUUUCGGGUGAAUCACGUUUGGAAUAUGCGCUGGCUACAACUGAGUUCGGUACUAGCCGAGAUGAGGAAAAAACUUCUGUAGUUUUGGAAAACAUCGGAAAGCUCAUACGAGUUGUGCAUGGUAUGCGAAGCUUAGGAUCUGCAGCAUUGAACAUAGCGAUGGUUGCACUGGGAGGUGCUGAUUUUAACUAUGAGUUCGGAAUCCAUGCCUGGGACAUAGCGGCUGGUGAUUUGAUCGUGCGGGAGGCUGGAGGUGUUUGCGUGGAUCCUUCCGGUGGUCCGUUGGAUCUUAUGUCCAGAAGAUUUUUGUGCGCCAGCACACAAGAGCUUGCUGAUAAAAUUAUUCCUUUGUUGACCCAGUACUAUCCUCAGCCGAGAGAUUAGAUAAUCACUAGUGGUGUGAUUAAUCAAAUAUCGAUGAACGAGUCUCAAUGGUAUCGUUUUAAUGAAAUUGUAUAAACGUAAAAAAUUGAAAUAUAUUAUGUUGUUAUUGUCGA